GCGUAACGCGUAUGCUAUAAUAUGGGUUUCAACGCGCCUGCGAAUAAUAGCAGAAUAAUAUAAUACCGUAUACGUUUUCACAGACAAUAAUAAUGAGUUAACUUAUAUAGUAUUAUGUGACAAUCGAUAUAGUAAUAUUAUUAUAAUUUUAGCACCGUUCGCGGCGUUAUACUUUUACGAAAACCGUCUCGAGAUUACAAUAUUUAAGUUUAAAAGCGCCGCUGAUGUUUCGCCGACGACUGCGACCGGACAACGUCGUCGUUUACUGCAUCAUAAUGAUAUUAUUUUAUAAACGUUAUAGUCGUCUCGUUAUCGGUCAUACGUUUUCAAAAUUCUCAGCAACAGCAACAAGAACAUAGACUCGAUUUGUCUCUUCGCCACUCGCCAACCAAAUGUCACGUGACCCAAGUGUUUAUAAAUACAGAAAACAAUAAAUAAAUAUAUCGCCGAAAUGUCUGCGUCGUAUUUGUGGGUGGUUUGCACCCUGUUGGCCAGCGUCCUCUGGGAGGCUCACGGUGCGAGCAGCCCGACCAAAACGUACACGGGAUACAAGCUGAAGCCAACGUCUCUGCGCAUGAUUUAUUACCAUGACCAGACCAUAGCCAUCGUGGAGAUUGGCGAAGGCAAAGCGCUCCUCAACUGCGAGCUCGUCGAAAUCUACAACGACGACGAAGGCAAAGAAAUGUUGAAAAAUUUGACGAGAAUCAACAAGCCGCUGCGGAUCACCCUAGAGCAAAUGAUGAAACUGAUUGGCCAAUGCGAUCUGUUGGACCCUCACCAAGUGAAUCCGGAAGAGGUGAGGCUGCACACGCGUGGGGUCGACGGUGGAAAGGAAAUGAACUCGAAUGGCGUCCAAACGACUACGUCCAGUUCGCUGUACUCGGGAAUACUACCAGGUACCAAAUGGUGUGGCAGUGGAGAUCUAGCUUCAACGUAUUUUGAUUUGGGAUCAGAGGUCAAACUGGACAUGUGUUGUAGAACCCACGAUCUGUGCCCAUCAAAGGUCAGAUCGUAUGCUACUAGAUACAACAUCACCAACGAUUCCAUGUACACAAAAUCUCAUUGUAUUUGUGACAAAACAUUUUACAAUUGUCUGAAAAAGGCAAAUCAUUCGACCGGAGAUCUCAUGGGAACAUUAUACUUCAAUAUACUUCGUGUGCCAUGUGUGGAUGAAAGGAAUGGAAAAACAGUGUUUAAAUUACCACCAUCAUAUUAAAUUAUAUUUUAAUGUUUGUAUAAUAAUUAAGGUACUUUAUGUUGUGUAUUAGUUUAUUUAUAUUUAUUUUAAUAUUUAUACAUGAGUAGAAACUGAUAAACAAAAUCAAAUUAUACAAUGUACAUUACAUCAUCGAAAUAAAUGUUGACAAUAGUAUAUUGUCAAAGUAUUAAUUGUUAUA